CAGCAAUACAAACACUUAAUGCAACCACUAAAAUUCCCCAAAUACAUGGUCCAAGGACACCGCUUGUGUCUGGUUCUAUAAGUGGAUCAUUAACCUUGCUUGUGCUGUUAUGUUAAGACCACACGCCUCAGAGAAGCCAUGAACAGACCCAAUUUCUAUAUUCUGCUUCUUGCUGGUGUCUUGGUCAACGGGCAAGGUAGGCUGUUGUUUUAAGUUGUAGGCUGAAUGAAGUGUUCAUUUCUUUGUGUAAGAGGUUUGUCAUCAGGAAAACAUUUCUAAUUGGCUUACAGCACACAUACAUGAAGAGUGAGUAACCAAAAUGUCUAGGAGGUGCAGACUACCAUUGCCAUAAUUGUUUUUACUAUUUUUUAACACUUCCUUUAGGCAAUGAUGCUGUAUUACAGUAUAUGGAUUCAGUUUUUAUCGUUCCCUUGCUUGUGUGUUGCAGCCCUCCGAUGGCAAAACGAAUUAGACCUGCCCUUACAGUUUAACUGCCCUUCAAGACAAUCCAUCUCUCACAUAAAAAGGUGAGAAAAGUCAUAGGCACUUAUUUGCCUACUACAAAUCUUCUACCAACGUGCAAAACCUCAUCUUUCUGCUUGCAUCUGCACUUUCACUGACUAGCACUGAAUCCCAAAAUGAAGCGUGUUCUCUAAUCGUUAAUGCGGUUGUACUUUUCAUCACCAAUUAUGAACGAAAUUAUCUAAUUGUGCUGCAUAGACCAGUAAGUGCCAGUGUUGUGUUCGAGACCACCUAAAGCGAGACCGAUUCAAGAUCGAGACUGGAUCAAAUCGAGACCGAGUCAAGACAGACAGGGAAAAGGGGUCUCUCUCAAACCUUUUCAGCUAGUUGGCCAUCAAAAUUGCACUGAUGAACGAUGGGGAAUUGUAGCCUCCUCGUCCUUCUGCAGCUUGCCUGCCAAUGCAUGCUGCCCCAACCAAGGACCCAAGCUAACUGGCUAAAGUUGGCUAGCUUGCUACUUCCAGACACAAAUGAGAGAACAACUCACUGACCAUUUUACUCACCGUUGCAGAGCUGGUUAGGCGGUUUACAUGUUAUCUAGAACGUUCUUGACUAAAUAUUACUUUUUUUGCCUACGUUUACUGACACUGGUCAUAUUCAGCAGGUGUUGCGUGUUCGUAAAGUCAGUUGUUCUGCGCUCUGGCACACUCAGACGAGAGUGCUCUGAAAUUGGAGUAGAUAGCCAGAAUACAUUUGCGAACACAAGAUAUAUGCAAACUGUAUAACAGUUCUUGCUUGCUAACCAAAUGAGACCUGCAUCUCUAGCUGUGUAUAGCGACCAAAAAAACAGGGGGAGUCUGUCACUCACCCACUCCUCCAAUGGCAUGACAUCCUCCUAGCAGAUAGCUAAGCUAGCUAACAUUAGGCUCUGUGUUAGCGUUCUACAUAAAUAUAAUUAUAUGCUAGCCUAUUAGCUAUGUUAUGACUGACUUGUUAUCAUUGCCCUUGCUAGUUUGAUUGUAUUGACAUUCCCAGCCUUAGUUACAUUAGUCCGUUUUUGUCCAGAAUAUUGAGUCAUUGAAACUGAAACAGUGAAUCCCGAAUAGAGGCAGCAAGGAAUGUACCAGGCCAGCUGUGAUUUACAACCUGAUAGCAAUACUUUCUGGACUACCAAGAAAUGUAUUGGUGAAUUAUAUUAGAUGGAUGCAGUUCAAUGCAUGAUUUAUUCUGCCAACAAUGCCUUACUGUACGUCAUGGAACAUUGAGUCAAAUAUAACCUAUUUUUAAAACCUCUUAUAAAGUUGGUUUUGUAAAAUAAACUGGGAAUUUGACUGAUUAUGAUUGUUUGUUUGUUUCAUAUCUGCAAAGUAGUUAAAACGCUGUCAGUUCCACUUUAAACUUUAGGUCACCGGUUACUUUGUGUGCUUAAACGUGCAAUGAUCUUUGCAAUGGGAAGUAAUAGUUGUACAUUUCGAUUGGGAAAUGCUUAAUGGUUGUGUUUUGGUAUUCUUAUGAUUGAGAUCUACUGGCUUAUUAUGUCAGAGUUUAUGGACUGCUUAUCCUUUAUCAUCAUGCUGUGUGUGACUGCUGUCUUUCCAUCGGCCCUAUGAAGUGGUGUAGUGGUGCCUGGAGAAGUGGGUAUACUCAAAUUUUGCCCAUAAGUUCCCAAACGGCCCACCCAGCGAAGGAAAGGCACCCUGUGUGAGUUUUCCUAUAGCUUUUUAACAUUUUCACUCUCAAAAUCACAUUUAUUUAUUUGUUUUAAUAGAAAAAAGACACAAAUGUGAUGGUCUAAGUCCACAUCAAUCUGAUUGGGUGGGCCUGUCAGUGCCUGGCUCCCCAGUUGGUGGCCUUCUGUCCACCCAGGCCCAUCCAUGUCUACGCCCCUGAUGCAAACAUCACAUGAUGACAAUUGCGCAUUACAAAUAGCCUACUAACCAACACGUCAGAAGUAAACUUGUUCAAUUCCUGGUUUGCAUGCCCAUCGUUGCCUUAGUAUUUACUGGUAGAUAUCAUUAAUUGAAACGUCUUUCCUACCCUACCGGCUACCGAUGUCAUUCUUCUGUGAGCUGCUCCAUGAGUGGUCCUCUGUAGCUCAGCUGGUAGAGCACGGCGCUUGUAACGCUAAGGUAGUGGGUUCGAUCCCCGGGACCACCCAUACACAAAAAAAUAAAUAUGUAUGCACGCAUGACUGUAAGUCGCUUUGGAUAAAAGCGUCUGCUAAAUGGCAUAUUAUUAUUAUUAUUAUUAUGAGAACUGCACACUUGCUGCCUGCAGAUGAUAUUCUGCUGCAACAAGGCUGUGUGGGCACGCAUGUGAAUAUAUAUAAAGCCUGUUAAGAUAUUCAUGUUUCAAGAAAGGAGUAUAUAUAUAUAUAUAUAUAUAUAUAUUUGGCCUGGCAAUGACUGAAUGGAAGCUGAUAAGUAUGAGUGUUUUACUUCGCUGGUCUCGGGCAGAAAUUACUAGUCCUCACUGUUUGAGACAGAAUCAAGACAGAGUACAAAUGUAUUCGACACAAGACCGAGACACUCAAUGAUUUAUUGAGACCGCACUGCAGUGUUGAUAUUGGACAUAUUAACAAAUUAAACCUUAAAUGCAUUUACAGUGCAUUCGGAAAGUCUUCAGACCCCUUGACUUUUUCCAAAUUUUGUUACGUUACAGCUUUUUGUAAAAUUGAUUAAAUAGUUUGCAAAUGUAUAAAAAAAAAGAAAAAAAAGGAAAUAUCACAUUUACAUAAGUAUUCAGACCCUUUACUCAGUACUUUGUUGAAGCACCAUUGGCAGCGAUUACAGUCUUCUUUGGUAUGACGCUACAAGCUUGGCACACCUGGAUUUGGGGAGUUUCUCCCAUUCUUCUCUGCAGAUCCUCUCAAGCUCUGUCUGGUUGGAUGGGGAGUGUCGCUGCACAGCUAUUUUCAAGUCUCUCCAGAGAUGUUAGAUCGGGUUCGAGUCCGGCCUCUGGCUGGGCCACUCAAGGACAUUCAGAUACUUGUCCCGAAACCACCCCUGCGUUGUCUUGGCUGUGUGCUUAGGGUUGUUGUCCUGUUGGAAGGUGAACCUUCGCCCCAGUCUGAGGUCCUGACCGUUCUGGAGCAGGUUUUCAUCAAGGAUCUCUGUACUUUGCUCUGUUCAUCUUUCCCUCGGUCCUGACUAGUCCCAGUCCCUGCCGCUGAAACACAUCCCCACAGCAUGAUGCUGUCACCACCAUGCUUCACCGUUGGGAUGGUGCCAGAUGUGACACUUGGCAUUCAGGCCAAAUAGUUCAAUCUUGGUUUCAUCAGACCAAAGAAUGCUCUCAUGGUCUGAGAGUCUUUAGGUGCCUUUUGGCAAACUCCAAAACGGGCUGUCAUGUGCCCUUUACUGAGGGGUGGCUUCAGUCUGGCCACUCUACCAUAAAGGCCUGAUUGUUGGAGUGCUGCAGAGAUGGUUGUCCUUCUGGAAGGUUCUCCCAUCUCCACAGAGUAACUCUGGAGCUCAGAGUGACCAUUGGGUUCUUGGUCACCUCCCUGACCAAGGCCCUUCUCCCCCGAUUGCUCAGUUUGGCCGGGCGGCCAGCUCUAGGAAGAGUCUUGGUGGUUCCAAACUUCUUCCAUUUAAGAAUCAUGGAGGCCACUGAGUUCUUAGGGACCUUCAAUGCUGCAGAAAUGUUUUGGUACCCUUCCCCAGAUCUGUGCCUCGACACAAUCUUGUCUCGGAGCUCUACAGACACUUCUUUCGACCUCAUGGCUUGGUUUUUGCUCUGACAACUGUGGGACCUUAUAAAUCAUGUCCAAUCAAUUGAAUUUACCACAGGUGGACUCCAAUGAAGUUGUAGAAACAUCAAGGUUGAUCAAUGGAAACAGGAUGCACCUGAGCUCAAUUUCAAGUCUCAUAGUAAAGGGUCUGAAUAGUUAUUUAAAUAAAGGUAUUUUUUACUUUUUUUUAUAAAUUUGCAAAAAUGUCUAGAAACCUGUUUUCACUUUGUCAUCAUGGGGUAUUGUGUGUGGAUUGAUGAGGAAAAAUUUAAUUAAUCAAUUUUAGAAUAAGGCUGUAAUGUAACAAAAUGUGGAAAGAGUCAAGGAGUCUGAAUACUUUCCGAAUGCACUGUAUGUUUGUUUUCAAAUCAAUUCAACCAUUAAUAUGUGCAUUGUCAUGUAUCUAAUUUCAGUCAGCAUGACAACAACCAUGAAGACCGUGUGUGGGACUUUGAGUGCAAAGACACGUUUGUCUAUGAGCCCGAGUGCCACUGGUCUCCUUACGUAAAUGACUUUGACCAGGAGUUUGCCUUUGAAUGCCCCAGAAACUAUGUCCUCAAUGGGAUGAUCAGCUAUCAUUCCAACCCCCAUGAGGACAGAAGGUGAGUAGACCUCAACGUUCAACAGAGCCAAAAUGUUGAAAUAGUAUUCGUUUAAUUUUUCAAAUACUUUGAGCGGUUGAUUUAGCCUGCUUGGAGUGCCAUAUGAGCAGCAUUUGCACUUUUGGGACUAGUCUAUUGGUUCCAGCAAAUGCAGCUGAAGUAUUUGAAAGAAAACCAAUAUUUGAAUCCAGGUUUGACAUAAUCCUGACUGUGAAAAAGGUCUUAUACUAUACCGCACAUGUGUGAUUUCCAUCACUGUAUCACAGGUGGAGGUUCUUUUGCUGUAGAGUCAACAGCUACUGUAACCAGGACUGUCAGUGGACCCCCUACGUCAACUACUUUGAUGAGUUAAUCUCUUGGAAAGUCCCAAGCCUGAACUACCUAGUUGGGGCCGGAAGCUACCAUUCCAAUCCUCAUGAGUGAGUACAAUAUGUGUGUGAUUUUGGUCAGGGGAGCGAUGUUUCAACAACAAGAAUGUUUACCUCAAAAUGUAUUGUGUAUUUUCAGAGACCGUCGCUGGAGAUACCAGUACUGCACACGGACGAAAAACUGCUGAUAUUACGGCUGAUUAUUGCAUUCUUGAGUAAAGAUUGCCUACUGCCUACUUUCUUGUGUUGUGUUUCAUUUAAUUAUUUUUUUCAUUGCAUAUUCAUAAAUCAAGCCACUGAGUCUGACUAGAAGUAAACAAAAAUGUUGUUUUUUUAAAGAAUAAAAAAAAGUGCUGUGCCUAUUUCGCUUUAUGCAAAUAUAAACUGUUUGACUGCUAAACCGGUUUAACAAAGAAGCUGCCUUCACUGAUGGUCACUUUUAAGUUGAUGCUGUACAACUC